AUGAAGGUCCUCAUCAUCGGCGCUACAGGCAACUUUGGCGUUCGCCUCGUUCCAGCACUCCUUGCGCAUGGCCAUCACGUAGUCGUAUUUGUGAGAUCAGCAUCAAAGCUGGAGUCGCAACUUCCGGACACUCUCCAUUGCCAAAUUACCGUUGUUGAGGGCUCCGCAAAGGAUUCGGGCGCAGUCAAGAAUGCCAUCAUCGACCACGGUUGCGACGCGGUCGUAAUUACGGCAGGCCUAUCAGCUGUUGCUCCUUGGGCUCAUACCGACCUGCCAGUGAUAUUCCGUUCCGUUGUCGAAGCAGUACGGGAAGCGGCAAAGGAACGAGCCGCACCAGUUCGCGCAUGGUUCUUGGGCGGCCAGGGUGUGUUGAACUUCCCUGGGACAAAAGUCAUGAUAACUUCAUACGUUCCCAUCUUCCUCGAGCAUCGCGAAAACUAUAAUCUGCUCAGGUCUCUUCCAUCAGACUCAAUUGAAUGGUCCAUGUUCUGCCCAAAUACCAUGGUUCCUGAAUCUGCAUCACCAACAACAACUGUGCAAUCGAGGCCAGUCGCGAGUGCCGAUGUGCCGCCACUCUGGAAAGAUUCGUGGAUCAAGCAUAUUCCUUUGAUCGGCAGGACGCUGGUCUGCGCUAUAAACGCGAUGCGCUAUCAAACGACGCUGGAACAGAGCGCAGAGUUCAUUGCGGCUGAUCUUGAGUCGCACGAGAGCCCAUGGGUUGGAUGA